UUUCUUGCGUUGCGAAAGCUUUGAGCUCCUCCUUCCUGGCUCCUCUGCUGCUGAGGGAGGAUCCAGGAAAGCUGCCAGGUUAGUGGAACGAUCGACGCCCAACUGACACCACUGAGACAGAAAGAAAAGUUUGUCCAGUCGAAAUGGCUAAGAACUCAGACCUGGAGAACGCCAUCAAUACACUGGUCACCCAGUUCCAUGCUGCCUCAGCGGACAAAGCUCCAGUUCUAAAAACCGAUGAAUUCAAAGGUCUUUUGUCCUCCCAGCUACCCAACAUGGUGAAGGGGAUCGGCACCGACCAGGGACUGGGAGAGAUUCUGCGGAAGAUGGGUGUUGGCGAUGGGGAAGGUGUAUCUUUCAAACAUUUCUGGAACUUAAUCCAGUCACUAGCCACCUCGCAGUACAGCACCCUCAGCAGCCAGAUGGGUUCCUCAUGCAGCUGCAUCCUCCUGUGAAGCACUGGCUCCACCACCGGAACAAGACCCCAGUUUCCCAAUAUAAAUACGCACUCUCCCACUUACACAUCCAACAGAAUAAAAAGGUGUACAGUCUAAGCUGUUUCCAACCUUUAUUAUUUAAAAACAAAUUUAAAAUCCACUGAUCUCCAGCUAUGAUCACACCUCUGGUAAACUGUCCAGCAUCCUCUGUAACAAUUCACAUUCAGACUAGUUUAACUGUUGAACAGAUUUUAAAGGCUUAAACUACAAUUUCAUGGAGUCUAGAAAAAUAUAAUGAAGUCAUCUUCAACUUUAGAGGCAGAUGGCAUGUUUCUGUAGACAUCAAAUGAAGUUUAAAUGAUUUUCUCAUAAUGUACAUGUUCAUUUAUUCUAUUUGACAGAAAACAUGCCCAACAUGUCAGAAGCCACAAUUUAAUUUUUAACAUUAAAAGGAUGACACCCAGAUUUUUUGUGUAUAUGUCAGAUCCUGAAAUGUCCUUUUAGGGUAACUAUUUAGUUUCUUUCUCAGAAACCAUCUUAUUGCAGAGUGAAAGCUGUGUGGAGCUGAGAAGGUUGUGAGUAAACGUGAAAUGACUGGAUUUUAACUGUUGCCUUUAUGGUGCCUUUUGGUGGUAAUUUUUACUUCUCUGUCUGUGGGACAAUGAAUUGCUACUAUUGUGGUAUUUCACAACAUCAAGAAUCAUGUUUAACAAUAAAAGUCCUUAAAACUUUA